CGGCAGCACGUGCAACCAUUUACUUACUACUCAGGACCCAUCAGAUUCGAGAUAUCACUACUAACUGCUGAGAGAAUAGUCAAAGCUUUGGCAUUAAAAUUUCGAACAUAUCGAUUUUUCAUUGGCCCGUCGUCAUCAGGUGGAAGUCGUUUUACGCAUGUGCAACGAUGUAACCAACCUCAAAUAAUUUUACUUAAAGAAGGCACAGAUGCUUCACAAGGAAAACAGCAAGUAAUAUCAAAUAUAAAUGCAUGUCAAAUAGUAGUAGAUGCUGUAAGGACUACUUUAGGUCCACGAGGCAUGGACAAACUCAUUGUUGAUCAAAGUGGGAAGGCAACCAUCUCAAAUGAUGGUGCAACCAUUUUAAAACUUUUGGAAAUUGUUCAUCCUGCAGCAAAAACUUUAGUAGAUAUCGCGAAAUCUCAAGAUGCAGAGGUUGGCGAUGGUACUACAAGUGUAGUCUUAUUAGCAGGAGAAUUCUUAAAACAAAUGAAACCAUUUAUUGAAGAAGGAGUACAUCCACGUAUAAUGAUUAAAGCACUUCGUCUUGCACUUCAAGUAGCAAUUGAAAAAAUAAAUACAGUGAGUGUAAAGAUAGAUAAAUCUGAUCAAACAAAAUUAGUAGAACUUUUAAAAGAGUGUGCAGCUACAUCUAUGAGUUCAAAAUUAAUUCAUCAACAGAAAGAGUUUUUUAGUCAUAUGGUUGUAAAAGCUGUCAUGAUGCUUGAUGAAAUGUUACCUCUUAAUAUGAUUGGAAUUAAAAAGGUUUCUGGUGGGGCAUUGGAAGACUCGGAAUUAAUUAAAGGUGUAGCUUUUAAAAAGACAUUUUCCUAUGCUGGAUUUGAAAUGCAACCUAAAAAAUACCAAGACUGCAAGAUUGCUUUAUUAAAUAUAGAAUUAGAACUUAAAGCAGAAAGAGAUAACGCUGAAGUACGUGUGGACAAUGUUAUGGAAUAUCAGAAAAUAGUUGAUGCUGAAUGGCAAAUUUUAUAUGACAAGCUUGAUAAAAUUCAUAAGAGUGGAGCACAAGUUGUAUUAUCAAAAUUGCCAAUCGGUGAUGUCGCUACACAAUAUUUCGCGGAUCGAGAUAUGUUUUGUGCUGGUAGAGUUCCUGAAGAAGACUUGAAACGAACGAUGAAAGCAUGUGGUGGGAGUAUUCUAACAACUGUGCAUGAUAUUAAAGAAUCAGAUCUUGGUAGCUGUGAAAUGUUCGAAGAAAGACAAAUUGGAGGAGAAAGAUUUAACUUUUUCUAUGAAGGAUCACGUGCUAAAACAUGCACAUUUAUACUUCGUGGGGGAGCAGAACAAUUUUUAGAAGAAACGGAAAGAUCUUUACACGAUGCUAUUAUGGUUGUUAGACGUUUAUUUAAAACAAAUGCCUAUGUAGCUGGUGGUGGAGCUAUUGAAAUGGAACUCUCGAAAACAUUACGAGACUAUUCCCGAGUAAUAGCAGGAAAGGAACAACUUUUAAUUGGAGCAAUAGCUCGUGCGCUCGAAGUUAUUCCAAGACAAUUGUGCGAUAAUGCUGGUUUCGAUGCAACAAAUAUUUUAAAUAAAUUGCGACAAAAACAACAUAAAGGCAUGCAUACUUAUGGUGUUGAUAUCAACACUGAAGAUAUAGGCGAUAAUAUGUUAGCUUAUGUCUGGGAACCUGCUAUUGUCAAAAUUAAUGCCCUAACAGCUGCAACUGAAGCAGCAUGUCUUAUUUUAUCUGUCGAUGAAACUAUAAAGAAUCCUAGAAGCAGCCAGGACAAUGGACCACAAGGUCCAGUGGGUCGUGGCAUGGGAAGACCAAUUUAAUUUAUUUUAAACAACUGAAUCAAGCAAUCGUAGGAAAAUUAAUUAGUGGAUCUGUACGAACAUCUAAUUACAUCGUUUCUGGUAAAGCGAAUUCAAAAUGGGAUGAACCAGUGCAUUCAAAACUUCUUCGUGAUAAAGAAGGUCGAACUGUAUCAUUACGUGGUACACGUGAUCAAGAUAUUUCGAAAUAUCUGCCAAAUACGCGAGGAAAAUUUGUUUGUUUCACGUCAAAAGACGAAAUAGACUUUUUUAAAAUUAACGAUAAUUAUUGUGAUUGUCCUUUGGAUGGUAGUGAUGAACCUGGUACCAAUGCAUGUAACAAUGGUGUUUUCAAUUGUGAACUUCCAUCUUUACAGUCUAUAGAAUCUGGAAGUAUAACUUACUAUCGUACAAAAUGUCCAAAUAGAUGCUAGUAAUAUUCAAAGAAAUAUCAUCAUUUUGUAUGGAUUAAACUGUACAAGUAAAUAUUUGUAUAUUGUAGAUAAAAUUUUACACUAUAUCAAAAUUACUUUUUAAAAUUUAUAUUAUUUAUAUUAUACAAUUAAAGAAAUUAUGCACCUUAAGCUACUAUAAAGCUGCAAAAAUUGAAUUACGAUACAACUUAAGUUAUUGAGAUAUUACAUUGUUACAUUACUAUUGAGGUAUUAAGAAUAUGCUACAAAGUUAAUUAUAAAAUGUUUUUAUGUACAUAUUAAUUUAUUAUGUGAAAAUAAUACUGUAUGAAGUAUAUAGUUGAACCUCUAUUAUCAAUAUUUAUUUUUUAUAUAAAUAUAUCAUUCCUUGUGUGAAUAUAUUAUUUUUAAAUUAUACAUGGAAAUACAAAAUUAAGAUUUUAUACUUAAUUCGAAUAAUAGAAGUUCUACUGUGAACAAAUCUUCUAUGAAAUGUGAUAUUGUAUUUAAGAAGUCUAUAUAUUUUCGUAUCAUUAACUAAUUAAUGAAACAUUAGAAAUUUCAUCAUUUUUCAUCUUAUGUUAACAUUGUAAAUAAAAUAUGUAACAUUAUUGUGUGCAACUUCCAAUAAUUUUAAGUACAUUAAAAUGAUUUUGCAAACUUCUUGCCUUAUCUGCGAAGUGUAAAGUUCGUUUUAUAGGAAUUUUCAUACUUUGUAAAAUAUUACAGAAAGAGCUUUCUUCUUUACCAAUCCAUGGACGAUGAUGAUCUUGAAUUUGAUAUGAUGUAACAUGAACAUUGACAUCUAUUCCUAAAAUAAUAUAUUAAUUUUUCAAUAUAAAGUUAAUAAAAUACUUAGUAAGUGUAAAUGCAAGACAUUUCAAGUUCAAUAAAUGAUAUUACUUAAUUUUGCAAAAGA